UGGUGGGGUGCGUGAGAGAAGGAUCGUGGUACUCGGCGCUGCUCUCCACCAUGAGUGCUAUGAGGACGUGAGAACUGCACUCCCCCGUCAUGAACAACCGCGGCAACCCUAACCAUCCUAUCUUUCCAAGUUUGGUGGGGCCCUGGCCCGGCUAUGUCCCCAGCACCCACUCCCCUGUCUGUCCUGUCCCGCGGUUCCCCUAUAGUGUCUCAGGCACGCGUACACACCAGGGCUACGUCCCCGGUGGUGUAGUACGCGGUCCAGCACCAUAUGUCGGACAUACAAGCUCUCCGCCGCCUUCCCUACACACCCGCAGCGGCAUUAGUUACUCGUCCUCUGAAAGGGCCAGACGCAUGUCUCCCUCCGUACCCCGUCACCUCCCUCAAGAUGGCGUCAUUGACGCUGACCCAGUGGUGUUCAACGCUGGGUUCACCUUCAGGAUGGGGAAUGAAACCCAUGUGCACAAGCACGUGGAGGCGCGACCUGCCUACACAGUUCCGGAGGCUCAGUCGUCAAACCUCACCCGCCAGAUCGACAAGUUUCUUAAGAAGACAGACCACAUGCUGGACCGGUACACAGCCAUCGUGGAAUCCCGCUCCUCAAGCGGCUUGGCGGGUAGAAGAGGCAAGUCUUUGACCCCAGGGCGAGGGCUGGACGACUCACCUGAUCCUUCUCUGUGUCUCUCCCACCGCGCCCAACGUUCCACCUCUGCCGCCUCCAUCGCCGUCAAGGCCGAGAAACACUUGGAGUCCUUAAGUCGUAUCACUGGCACUAAGAAGACGGCCCCCAUUGCCGAACAUGAAGAAGACGGCGAUCUGGACUCUUCAAGUAGCGAAUCCUUCGAUGAGUUCGACACGGACAACGACGUUCUGCGCUCCAACGAUGUGUUCGACAUCUCUGACGAUACUUCAGCAGACCUGAGCAAGCUUUCCGCCAUCGAGGCCGACGGAGACAGAGAACGCAGAGCCUCGUUCGACCCAUUGCUGCUGGAUGACUUGAGUUCGGACAGUGACGACGAAUACUUCGAUGUUGUGGCCGUGCCAGGCCUUCGGCCCCAACCGCUGGCCACUCAGAACCCAACCAAGCCUUCCACUGCAGUGCAUCCUCAGAAGCAACAACAUAUUCAACCCCCUCACAUACCACCUACACAUAGCCAAAGUUUACCAGCUGUAAACAAAGGCAUGGUUGCUAGGAGAAUGGGAAGUACUCCAGGCCAGCCAGUAGGUACAGCAGUAGUAAACAAACCAUCAGAAACUAAAACAGCAGUAAACAAAACGACACAAGAUUCAUCAGCAUCACCUGCAGCUGUUAAACCAACAAGCCCUGUUGAUGUUAAGUUAACAAAUAGCUCAGUGCAGUAUAUUCCGUCAUCUGCUAGAAUUUCUGGUAUUAUAGAAGACCAAUCCCAUGAGAAGGCCAAAGUGUGUGUGCCUAGUAAAGUUGGUGUAAGUGCUAGGAAGGAAGGUUUACAAAACUCACCCAAGAAAUAUCAGGCACCUCAACCUCCCUCAGCUACUAAGCAUCCAGAAGGCAAACAAAGGACAACCAUACCAGAUAAAGAAGAAUCGGCUUUACCCAAUAUGGAACAGUCUACUGCACCAGAUGUAGGAACAAAGGUUUUACCAAAUAAACAGAAUCAUACUCUCUUGGAUAAACAAAAACUUACACUACCAGAUAAAAAACCUCCAGAUAAAGUAGCAGCAGCUCACGAAUCACAGGUCAACACUACAUUGAAUAAACAGGCCUCUGGGCUAGCCUCUCCAGAGUGUAAUUCACAUGAAACACCCACAUUACCUUCCAUUAAACCUGCUAACAAAGAAGGCAAUCCAGCUGUCACAGGGAAAGAUAAAGCCAGUGGUUCACUCUCAUCCUCAGAGCCAUCAGGUGCCCACCAGACAACAGUUUCUCCUCAUUUACCACCAGACAAAACAACAGCAAAGACAACGCAGCUGCUUAAUGGUGACCAGAAGCCUCACACAUCACCUGUAGGUCGAAAAGUACGUGCUGGAAGUCCCGUCCCGGAUAACACUGCAGUUGUGGGUAUCAAAUUAGCACCAACUGUGGUAACUGGGAAAUUGGAAAUUGCUGCAAGUGAUGGUUCUGCAACUGUGAAAGAAGAUUCCUUUAGUGAAAAUAAAGUAUCAUCACAUACCAAAGUAAAAGGCUCUGAUGGAGUUGCAGAACCAAAGGAUAACAGCACAUCAAGUAAACAGUCAAGUGUUGAGAGUAAUCAACAAAGAAACAAAGAAUCUGUUAAAGUUGACAGCGUAACGAGUGAAUCCUCAUCAAGGGAGAGUGAGAAAAAAUUGGCAAAUGGCAUAGUGGUAGAUAACAAUGUUAAGAAAGAUAAAGUUAGUAGUAAUGAUAAAUAUCAAAAUGAACUCCAAACAAACAAGGUGCCCAUAAGUAAGGACAGAGAGAAUGUUGUCAACCAUGUUCAGAGUGAGAAUUCAAAAAAUACAGGUAUAAAAAAUAAAAGAAAUGCAAAAGACGAUGAAUUUAACAUUGAUAGAAGCAGCAGAUGUAGUUCAGUGGCAAGUGAUGCUUCACGUGCAGUUUCUCCUGACAUUUCACUGAGAUCUGGAGCUAAGCGAAGCAGGAGUGGGAAAUUAGCUGCUGUUGUGAACAUGUGGGAGACUGAUGAAGUUUCACAAAAAAGUGAAAAGGUAAAAUCUAAAUCAUCUACCCCAAAGAUUGGUAAAAUCUCUGGUCUGGCAAGUGUAUUUGAAGGAGAGAAAAGUGCCACAUCAGCCAAGGUUGAUGUUUCCAAAAAUUUUAAUAAAUUAAAAUCUCCAUAUAGUCCGCCAUUUUCACCAGAGAGAAAGCCGAUUGAAACGAAGGUUUCCAAUAUUGCUGGCAUCAGUACAGCUAAAUUUGGUGAUGUUACAAAGUUUAAAAAGCCAAGUGAACCCAGGAAGACGGUAAAUAAUAAGAAUGCACCAGAUACUGAAAAAACGAAAGUGGUAGAUAAAGAAGCAGUAAAGGAUAAGGAUCCUAACAAAAAGAGUGAUGAUGAAAAAAAAGAGAAUGAUAUUGGUAAAAAGACUGGAGAACCAGUUGUCCCUCAUAAAAAUCAGAAGGAAGAGAAUCGUGAGAAGCAUAAUGAUGUCCAGAAGAGUGGUACAACUGCAGUAAAAGAAUGUGGUGAAAAAAUUGCCAAUGGAGAUAUAAACUUGGGUGAUAGUAGCAUAUCAGUUGAAGAAGAAAGCAAGGAAAAGAAGAGGAAAAAGAAGAUUAAACCCAGUACAACAUCCAGUGAAGCAGUCGUCAGUACAGCUACAGAGAAGAUUGCUGAUGAUGCAUUACUCAAAGGAAGUUCUGCUGAAUCCAAGUCUACUGUUGAUAAAGACAUUAAAGCUGCCAAAGUUAAAGAUACUGAAUCUGAAGUCUUCAAAAAUAAAUCUAAGAACGCUGAAGCUAAGGCUACUGAAUGUAAGGACACCAAGGUCAAGGCUGCAGAUUCAGUGAAUGCCCAAGUGGAAUCUGUUGGAACUAAAGACAUUAAGGUUGAGUCUGCUGGAUCUGUGGAUGCUACAGUGAAGGAUACAGGAUCAAAGGGCACUAAGAAUGAGCCUACUGAAUCCAAGGACUCCAUAGUUAAGGUUAUCAAUUCUGAGGACACUAAAGUUAUGUCACCUGGAGCUAAGGAUGUCAAACUCAAAGCUGCUGAAGUAAACAAUGCCAAAAUUGAGAGCACUAAGACCACUGAAAUAAAAAAGGAUGAAUGUGAAGCUACUAAGGACAAGGUUACCGAGUCUAAGGUCACCAUAGUUAAUGGUACCGAGUCAAAGCCCACCAAAGACAAGGAUAAUGAAUCUAAGGUCAUCAAAGUGAAGACUGCUGGAGGUGAAAUAAGUCGUAUGGAAGCAACUGCCACAGAGAUAACAAACAUUAAAGUCACUGAUGCUAAAACAACCAGUGUUGAAGCCACAGUUAGUAAAACAACCACAGGUGAAGCCACUAUUGAAAAGACAAAUAAAACUGAAACUAUUGAUGCAAAGGCUACUGGUGUUAAACUGAUUGAUGACAAGUCAACCAGUGUAAAUACCAUUGAGGCAAAGAUAAGCAGUGCUAUACCUUCAGAUACAAAGAGAACCAGUGUUGAUUCUACUGGUGUAAUAGCAAACAAAACCGAAUCAACUAAAACUGAAGCUAAUAAUACUCAGGUAGAUAAAACAGGAACGCCCAGUUGUGUGAAUACAGCAGUAGAAGUCAUGACCAUGAAUAUUAAAGAUAGUGGUUUAAAUGCUGCCCCUACAGGUUUAUCUAAUGAAGCUAAAUUAAACACCAGUAUAUCCCCUGUUAGUGCUCCAGUUUCAGAAGCGGUUGCUGCUUCUGAUACCUGUUCUGCUAAGGAAAAUGAAGCCACUAAAUCUAAAGAAACUGUAAAUAAAAAAGAAGUACCAAAGAAAGAUAUGUUAGGAGGUAUAAAGUCUUUAAUGGAAACUGUAGCAAAGAGUGGUAAAACUUUGGAAGACAAACUUUCCAUAAAUGGUCUGCAGUUUGGAAAGAAAUCCUCAAAAACAGAGACUCCAAAAGAGAUGAUUCAGACCCAGUCUAAGAACAUUGAUGAAGUUAUUGAAAGAGCAUCUAAAGCACUUCCUGAGCUUGAAACAGAAGUGGAGGCCCUGAUAAAAGAAGCAUCGAUUCUCAUUGCGAAAAAUGAAUUACUUACUAAUCCAUCCACAUCAGCAGCUUCAAAUGCAGCAAUAUCACGGGCUGACAAACAGUCCAAGAUUGGAAAGCAUCGUUCAACAAGCUCAGGUGAAGAAGGAGAAGACGAAGUUUAUGUGGAUGCAAUAGAUCCCUCUCAGCUAGAUACCCUGAUGCCUCUUCCUGUUGUGGAUAAUGAAAGGGAGCGGCGUUCACGUUCACACACUCCUCUGGAAGGUCCUGAGAGGUCUCCAUCAUCUCGAUCCGUCGUUGCAAAAACUGAAGCCAUUCUCUCCGAAACUGAUCGAAUUCUCCGUAGGUCCCGCUCUGACAAGUCUCUGAGAAGGUCUUACAGCCGUACAAUGUCUGCAGCAGCACUUCACAAAUCAGCGCAGUUGGUAUUAGAGGCCAAAUGUGAACUUCAAACAUGUGGAUUGGUAUGCAGUCUGGCAGAAGUGACAGCUGAUCUGUCAGAAGAACACAGCACAGCACAUUUGGCAGGGGAGAGGCUCGAAGCAGAGCAAGCUGAGAGGAUGAAGCUCGAGAAGGAAGUUGAGAGACUCCAGACGGAUAUGAGGCACAUGACAACAGCCAAUGGGAAGCUGGAGAUGGAAAAACAAGCAUUGCGCUCAGAAGUUCUUUCAGUGGCUGACUUCAAUGGCGAUGCCGACCAUGAUGAAGAUGAUGCUGCAGAAGCCUCUCUUUAUAAACGCAAGUAUGAAUGGUGCCUCAGAGAAAUUGAACUCCUGAAGAAGCAGCUCAAGCAACAACAAGAGGAUGACCUUGACCACUUACUCCUCAUGAAGAAACAGCUAGAGAAAAAGUUAUCAGAUGCUUAUGAGGAAACUGAAGAACAACGACAGGUUGUGGCUCAGAUGAAGCGCAAGUCUCAGCGAUUACAGGCAGAAUUGAAUGACCUUAAGAUAUUACUUGAAGAACAAACCUCUCGGAACAAUUUGCUGGAGAAGAAACAAAGAAAGUUCGACCAAGACAUGAUGGGAGUGCAGGAAGAGUUACGACAUGAACGUGCCAACAAGGAGAAAAUCCAGAGGGAGCGAGACCAAAUCCUAUCUGAGAAAUACUCCUUUGAACAAGAAGUAUCUACCUUGAAGCUGGAACUAGAGUUGAAGGAGGAGAAAAUAGCAUCCCUCAGCCGUGAGCUGGAGGACCUUAGCUUCACUGGGAAAGUGGAAGAGGAAGUUGCUACCUUGAAAAAGGCAAAACAUGAUCUUGAGCUGCGAGUUAAGGACCAGGAGGAAGAGCUAGAUGACUUGGCAGGGCAAGUUCAGAUGUUGGAAGGAGCUAAAGUGCGUCUGGAAAUGAGUAUAGAACAAAUGAGGAAAGAAAAUCGACGAGAAGUAUCACAGCGUGAGGAAGAGCUCGAGGAAGUCAGAAUUUCAGCCCAGAAGAAGGUUAAAGCUUUGGAAGCACAGCUUGAAAAUGAGCAUGAAGAGAGGACUCUACUCGUACGUGAGAAGCAUGAGCUGGAGAGGCGUAUAACAGAGCUACAAGACCGAACAAUUACUCAUGUUGAUGAAGAUUACAUACAUAAACUGAAGAAGGAGUUGAAGAAGACCAAGGCACUCUUGCGUGACACUCAGACUAUGUUGGAGAAGUCUCAGUCUGAGGGUGGCCAUAAACUCUUAGUCAGACAGCUAAAAACACAGCUGGAAGAUGCAGAGUUUGCAAAGACUGCAGCUCUUAAGGCCAGACAGUGUGCUGAUGCAGAUAUUUCUGAACUGUCCAUCCAACUGGAAGAAGCACAACGGGCCAAGAAGGAGUCUGAAGACAGAUGUGCCAGAAUUUCCAAGGAUAGAGCUGAAGUACAAACACAGCUGGAAGAAAGUGAAGAGGAAGUGGCUGAAGUGAUGAAGAAGUACAAGUCAGUGGUGUCACAGCUGUCUGUUGACCAAAUCACCUUAUCAGAGCAGUCACAACAAAUUGCUGAACUGGAGCAUGAAAAACAGGUCCUCCAAGAGCGGAUGUUAGAAUUGACCAGUAAGGUGGAGGUGCUAGAAGGAGAGACUGCCAAUAUCCACACUCAGCGCCGCCUUGAGAUGAAAAUUAAAGAAAUAGAAUCUAAAUUGGAGUUGGAACAAACCACCAGGCAGAGAUUAGAGAGUCAGAUUGGUAGGUUGAAAGACCAAAUUGAGCGAAUAUCAAGUGAAUGUGAUUCAGCUCAUCAGAAGGAGUCACAGGCUUUGGAACAGAGCAAGAAGAUUGGUCGUCAAUUGCGUGAGGCCAAAGAGGACUUGUCAGCCCUGCAGCAAAAGCACACAGAUGUAUUUAACAAAAAAGGAGAGCUUGAAAAACAACUUGAACUUGCAGAUUCUGAAGUGAUUACUCUCAAGAGUGACCUUAAACUUGCUUUCAAGAGAAUUGAAGAUCUCCAGCAGGCUAUCCAGGGUGACAUUAAUGACUCGGACUCCGACAUAUCUGACAGUGACAGCGACAGCGACGGCAGCUUGAGCUCAUAUCUGACUGCGUCCUUGAGGCAUCAGAGGUCCUCCUCCAAUUCUACGCUUCGCACUCCUCCCUCUGAAGUGCAGCAGCUUGACAGAAUGGAACAACCCAAUUCCCCUUGUAGCGAAGCCAUGUCAGCCAUCAGUGAAGAUCUCGAUGAUGCCUCAAACAAGGAAUCCUAUGCGUGAUAGUUUGUACUUAGUAUACCUGUGGAUCUAUUAUUAUUAUAUUAUACAGAAUUUUAUAAUGUGUGAAGAGUAAAUAGCAUCUUAUAAUUGCUGCAGUUCAUGCUUGAUUGUGAGAACCUUGACUGUGACUGAUCCAGUGAUGAUUGGUAAUCACAAGUACUGGAGAAGUGACCGAGCUUUAAAUAGGUAUUGUAUAUAUGUACAGGAACUGAACAUGUUUGAUGAGAAAGUCUUUUCUCUCUUUCUUUCUCUUGAUCUAUUUCUGAAUGGUGCUCAACUUGUGAAGCAAAGUCUUUAAACAUAUUUUUUUCUCUCUUCUCCUCUGUAAUCACUUGUUAACAGUGACAUUCCCAAUGUGUUCUUUCUAGUGUGCAACUUUGGAACCUUUUUUUAUUUUUUCAAGUGGAUGAUCCAUAGGAGAAAAACUAUUUCUAAUGUAUUGGUAACAUUACGUUUGUUGACAUAUUAUAUAUAUCCGAGACAAAUUUUACAUCCACAUCAAAUGUCAUUCUUAGAAUGAGCAGAGUGAUACUUUGUCUCUGGAUCAUCCACCAAUGCAAAUUUUGUUAUGCAUAAUAUGAUACAGUACUACAGUUCCCUAUUCUUUGCCUGUGCAUUUUGUCUAUUUUUCUUAAGACACCUUUUCCUUGGAUAAGCAUUUUGAUUACCAUAGAAAAGACCUUAGUGUGAGCUUUAUCUACACUAUAUGAUUAUAGUUGUAUGUAUCUGAGAGACAGAAUAAGUUGCUUGCUGUCAAGUGAUAUACUUGGUCAUUAAUGGCUCACAUCAUUCCCCAAGGAGAAAGGUGCAAUAUUAGUCAUAUUUCCUUGAAAUUGAUUUCUAUAAAUAUCUAAUGCAUAGUCCCAGUUGUUGGAGAAUUUUUUCUUAUGCUGCUGUGACUACCUUCCACUUACAAGUCAUAUCCCUUGCAUUGAAUCUAUACAAUACACAGCCUUCUGCAUUCCUCAGUGGCAUUAACUAUCUGUUAUGCUUUUGUCCCUUCUUUUAGUGUACAGUUUAUAUAAAGAUAAAACUUUGCUUGCCUUAUUAUUUACUAAUAGGAACAUUAAGUGAUCUGAUUCUGUCUUGUAACAAGACUUGGAUCCUAGUGCCACUGAGGAUGCCCUAUAACCUGCUUCCCAUCUCUUCCAUGUUAGAAGAGUGGAGACAGCCCAGCACUGUAACUUUCUGCUCACUAUAAGGACUUACCAGAGGUGAUGACCUUGUCCAAUUUUUUGUAAUAUAAUUUGGGGAGGGUUAAUGUGCUGGAAAGUACUGUACUUAAAUUUGCUUGUCAGUUUAUAUGCAUAAAAUUCUUUUUCCAUUCAGAAUGUGCCCACAGUGUCCAUAUGACUUGUUAUGACAGUUCUUUCUUAAACAAAGUAGGAAAUUAAUAGGUUACCUAGUGUCCUGACAGCUAAAUGGUAAUAUAGAAAAUGUAACCUAACUUAAAUUUCUUACUCAGUUGGUAUGUUUAUAACAUAAAACAUAUGUUAGUACAUAGUAAUGUUUUAUGAUGACAGUUCUUCCAGUUUGGCAUUCAGCUUGCAUAAAUAUGGCUGCCAACAAGCAAAACAAUGUUUUGUAACAUUUUAUGACUGCUUUUGCAGUCUGACAUCCAGCUUGCAUAGACUUCAUGAAGAUUUUACAAGAACUCUGAUGUGAAAAUUAAAAAAUAAGGGACAUUCGUUGAAGAUAUUUUCUUUGCAUUUUAGGAAUAUAUUCAUAAUGUAUUUUUUUAUCAAUACCCGUUUAUCCCUUUGGACCUACAGAUUACCACCAUCUCUGGAUUACUUAAAGGAACUGUAUUAUUGUAACAAGAAUAUUAUUUUUAUUCUUAGAGUUAUUUAUUAUUUAUAUAGUUUUGCCUUGUAGAUCAUUUAGAUCUUCCUUUCCCUACUAGCAAAGCUCAUCUAAGAAAUCUAUUACUGAUGCAUAAUUAUAUGAACCUUGAGAAGAUGGUUUGUAAUGAUUUGUACGGAAUUUACAUUAUAGAUAUGUACAGUUUACAGUAAGACUAACGUGAGUA